AUGGAUGCAUGUUUCUGUAGCGUUGCUAUCUUUUUCUUUCCUUGUUUUCUACUGGCUGCAGGGGCCACCUCUUUCAAUUCGCGACCGACAACCGAUGAGCUCCACGGCGACGGCGGCACCAAGACGUCGUGGCCGGAGGUGGUCGGGCUCAGCGUGGAGGAAGCCAAGAAGGUGAUCCUCAAGGACAAGCCCGAUGCCGACAUCGUCGUGCUGCCCACCGGCUCGCCUGUGACCAUGGAUUACCGCCCCAACCGCGUCCGCAUCUUCGUCGACACCAUCGCCCAGACGCCCCAUGUCGGCUGA